AUGGUUAAGAGUGUUAUUUUUACUGAUUUUGAUGGUACCAUCACUUUACAAGAUUCCAACGAUCAUUUGGUCGAUUCCACUGGUAUUGGUAAGGAAAGAAGAUUGAAGAUAUUUGAAGGUAUAAUCGAUGGCAGUAAGACUUUCAGAGAAGCCUUUACCGAAAUGAUGGAUUCAGUGAAGCUUCCAUACGAAGAUUGUAUCAAGAUCUUGGAAAAAGAUAUUUCACUAGAUCCAGGUUUCAAAGACACUUUUAAUUGGGCUCAAGAAAAUAAUGUGCCUAUCAUUGUUGUCUCUAGUGGUACUGCCGCAAUUAUUCGUCAUUUAAUUGGCAAGUUCUUGGGUGAAGAAAACUUAGAUAAGCUUGACAUUGUUGCCAACGACAUUGAAUAUUCCGAUGAUGGUGAAUGGCACGUCAAGUACAGAGAUGAAACUGGAUUCGGUCACGAUAAAUCCAGAACGAUCACUGAAUACAAGAACAAAUUUGAAGCUCAAUUGAAAGCUGGUGAAGAAAGACCAACCUACUUCUACUGUGGUGAUGGUGUUUCUGAUUUAAGUGCCGCUAAGGAAUGUGACCUUUUAUUUGCCAGAGCAGGUAAAGAUCUAAUCACUUAUUGUAAGAACGAAAAUGUCCCAUACCAUGAAUUCACCACUUUUGCUGACAUCCUAGCAGGCAUGAAACAAGUUCUAAAUGGUGAAAAGACCGUAGUUCAAUUGAUGGACAAUUAA